AUGGCUUUGAAGUGUUGUACUGUUGUUUUGUUGGUGGCUCUUUACAUGGUGGCGUUACGUGCUGGACUCCCUGACAGACUCCCAGAUGGCGAGGUGCUUCGGGACGUCCUGUUACCCCCCCAUGAUCCCAAAGGAGUGGUCCGCCACCCCUCGAUUCUAGACUGACACUUACACCAUUCUAAAUAUCCUGUACAAACGACACUUUACAACUGAAGUUAUCACAACCACCACCAAGACCGGACAGAGGUUUUAUAGCUGGCGCUGUAGUCACACAAAACAAUAAUUAACUUUUUUUCAAACUCAUUUGAAUUGGAAGAGGUAGCUAAGGGUUGAGGCUUUACCAUACAUGCUAAUUUAGACCAAUUCAUCCUCUUAUGGAAACACAACAUCACUAUCAACAAAGAUGAUUGGAGAUAUGGACUGUCCUGCUAGCAUACAGUCACUGCUCUGCCUGUCUUAUCCACCCGCCUUGCUCUGCUUGCACCACCCGCCUGCUUCUGGUGAGUUUUUCACUUAAGAGCCAUGUUUAUUUUUUCCUCAGGCCAUGGUUGCUUUGGAGCUUGAUGUUGACCAGGACAAGAUGAAGGGAGCUGGUCAGACAGACUCCUGUACUGAUGCUGCAACUACUCCAGUGUUGACCUCUAAGAACAGUGGCUCUAGCAAGAAGACAGGUCGAUUCUCCAAGAGGGGACACCAGUGA